CUUGGAAUCCUCUCUCUCUCUUUGUUUCCAUCAACCAUCCAUCCUUCUUCUGACCACAACCCGUGCUCAUCUUCAAUUUCACUUGAAUCUAGGGCACUCAGCUACCCUUCACACCCCUCAACCAAUCUACAUUCCCAAGGCAGCCUUUUAGCUUCCUGAGUCACUUCCAUCCACAAGUCCAUCAUUCCUCUAACGUCCAAACAUACUUGUGCCUCAGCGACAAUGUCUACUGCCGUCGACAAUCUUGCCGAUAACCUUAAAAAUGCCAGCUUGACCGAAGCGUCCAAUGCCAACAAUGAGGCAGUCCUGGCAUCUGCUGCAGAAGGUCGUCGAUUGUACAUCGGGAAUCUCGCUUACGCGACAACUGAGGCGGAACUCAAGCAGUUCUUUUCAGGCUACGACGUCGAGUCAACAUCCAUCCCCGUCAACCCUCGCACCAAUCGCCCCGUUGGUUAUGCAUUCGUUGAUCUAAAGACUGCUGAAGAGGCCGAAAAGGCGAUUGCAAACCUUUCUGGGCAAGACAUCCUAGAGCGCAAGGUCUCGGUUCAACUUGCUCGCAAGCCUGAGCAGACUGCUACCACCGAGGCUGCAGCUGACGGCACCGACGGCGACUCCAAGAAGACAGCUGGACGUGGCCGUGGUGGGCGUGGCCGUGGCCGUGGUGGGCGUGCUCGGGGAGGUGCAAGAGCAACUGAUGGCCCCGUCACUGACAUCUCGGAAAAUCCUUUGCCAUUGACCGAUGUCACCGCGGACGCCAACAAAGCUACCACCGAAACCGAUGCAAAGGCUCGUGCUCCUCGUCCUCCCAAGCAACGUGGCCCUCCUGAAGACGGCAUUCCAUCCACCACCAAGGUCAUGGUGGCCAACCUUCCAUAUGACCUCAGCGAAGAAAAGCUCAAGGAACUCUUUGCCGCUUACGAGCCCAGCUCUGCCAAGAUCGCUCUACGCCCUAUUCCUCGCUUCAUGGUCAAGAAGCUUCAAGCACGCAACGAACCCCGCAAAGGUCGUGGCUUUGGCUUUGUCACACUCGGUUCCGAGGAAUUGCAACAAAAGGCCGUCAACGAGAUGAACGGAAAGCAGAUUGAAGGUCGGGAGAUUGCCGUCAAAGUUGCCAUUGACAGCCCUGGCAAGGAAGACGGAGCUGAGAACAUUGAGAACGGUACCAACGGUACCACCGAGGAGGUCGCCACCGCCUAAUUUACUGGCUACAGCGAGUCUCCCAACACUCUGGUAUUCUUUUAGAGGGGCAUUCAAUUAAAUCUGGGAAGGCUUCAUUGCUGUUUCCAAUCUUUGAUGGAUGGCCGGACCUGAAAUAUCAGACAAGUCAACUAAGGUUAUGACACGGCCUGGACCAACAUAUAUCUAUUAUGCCUAGCUGGCUGCGUCUAGCAACACCUUAAUAUUAUUUGAACCUAGCGUUCGCAUCUCCAUAUUUUGCACCUGCC